ACGCCUCGGGCGCGGUGGGGCCGGGACGGUCCCGGGGGCGGGAGUGUGACCGGUCCCGUCCCACGGCCCAGCCCACGCCCCACGGCCCGUCCCACGCCCCACGGCCCGGCCCCGCCGUGCGGAAGCGCUGGGCGGUGGCGGCCCCGGCGGCGGAGCGCAGAGCCCGCCAUGGACCCCCCUGCGCGCCGGGUGCGGCUGAAGCCCUGGCUGGUGGCGCAGGUGGACAGCCGGCGCUACCCGGGGCUGCACUGGCUGGACCCCGAGCGCAGACGCUUCGCCAUCCCCUGGCGCCACGCCACCCGCCACCCCCCCGCCCCCCAGGACCACGACACCAUCUUCAAGGCCUGGGCGCAGGAGACCGGGAAGUUCCGGGCGGGGCUGGACGCCCCCGACCCCGCGCGCUGGAAGGCGAAUCUGCGCUGCGCGCUCAACAAGAGCCGGGAGUUCCGGCUGCUCUUCGACGGCACCCGGGCCGCGCCCCCCCAGCCCUACAAGGUCUACGAGCUCUGCCAGGGGCCCCCCGAGGGCGCAGACGGGGUGGCCGAGGAUGACUACGGCUGCGACGAGGAGGAGGAGGAGGUCAGCCAGCUCCAGAAGAUGACGUCGCUGAGCAUCAGCGACACCCAGCACGGGGGGGACCUGCUGCCCCCCUACCCCUGGCCCAAGGAGGAGCCCCCCUUCGGCAGCGGCUGCCCGCUGGGGCCCUUCGUGCCGCCCCCCCCGGCGCUGCUCCCCGGGGAGGGGGGGGGCACCCACGGGACCCUCGAGCUGCCCCCCGCCGCCCUCGCCGAGACGGGGCCCCCCCUGGGCACCCUGGGGCCCCCGGCCGCCUGCCCGCUGGCACCCAUGGAACACGUCAUCCCCAACCUGCUCAUCAGCCCCCACAUGCUGCCGCUGACCGACCUGGAGCUCAAGUUCCAGUACCGCGGCCGCCAGGUCUGCGUCCUCACCAUCAGCAACCCCCACGGCUGCCGCCUCUUCCACAGCAGCCUGGAGCCCACGCAGGAGCAGGUGGAGCUUUUCGGGCCGCUGACGCUGGAGCAGGUCCGGUUCCCCGCCACCGACGCCAUCCCCAACGAGAAGCAGCGGUUCUACACCCACCAGCUCCUGGACGUGCUGGACCGCGGGCUGAUCCUGGAGCUCCAGGGUCAGGACAUCUACGCCAUCCGCCUCUGCCAGUGCAAGGUCUUCUGGACGGGACCCUGCGCCGGCCCCCGCGCCGGCCCCAACCCCAUCGAGAGGGAGAAGAAAACCAAACUCUUCAGCCUGGAGGGGUUCCUCAAUGACCUCAUCCUGUUCCAGAAGGGUCAGACCAGCACCCCCCCACCCUUCGAGAUCUUCUUCUGCUUCGGCGAAGAGUGGCCGGACCAGAAACCGAAGGAGAAGAAGCUCAUCACGGUGCAGGUGGUGCCGGUGGCGGCGCGGCUGCUGCUGGAGAUGUUCUCGGGAGAGCUGUCCUGGUCGGCCGACAGCAUCCCGCUGCAGAUCUCCCACCCCGACCUCAAGGACAAGAUGGUGGAGCAGUUCAAGGAGCUUCACCAGCUCUGGCAGAACCAGCAGCGGCUGCCGCCGGCACAACCGGAGCCCGGACCCCCCGCCGGACCCUGGGUGCUGCCGCCCGGCUCCCUGCCCCAGUGAUGGGGGGGGGGGGGACGGGACACGGGGGCCCCCGCUGGGUCCCAUGGGUGCUCCGGGGGAGGAGGGGACCACGCUCGCCCAGGACCCACCUCCCCGGAGCACCCGCGCUGUGAUAUUGGGGGGGUCCCCACCCCCCAGCCCUCCGGCAAAAAACUGGACCCGGACCCCCCCCACCCAGGGAUGGGGGUGGCUGCACCGGGCACCCAAAGACCAAAUCCAGGCAACGGCCCCGAGGGAAGAACCAGGCCAGGACUUGGGGUGUUUGUUUGGUUUUUUUUGUUAAUUUAUUUCUUUUUUUUUCAGUUUUUUGUUGUUUUUAUUGUUCUCGAGAUGGCUACAGACCCCCGAGGGAACAGCACGCGCUCCAGCCCCGGCCCCGCACUUGCUCGAGCCGUUCUCCUCCCCGCACGCUCCAACCCUAAAAUAAACCAAAUAAAACCCCUCAAAAAAAAAAAAAAAAAAAAAAAAAAGCAACCAAAACAAAACCAAAAAACCAAACCCAAAAAAACAAACUAAAAAAAGAAGGAAAAAAAAAAAAGAAAUAUAA